AUGUCACCACCUUCAAUUAUUUCAGAAUCAAAAACUCUUGGUGAAUCUUUUGCUGAAAUUGAAUCGAACGCAUGGUAUACUAAAAUUGAAGAUAUUAAACCAAGUAUUCAACAUUUACAUACUUCAUUUCAUAAAGAUCAAAAAAGUCAUGAUUUACAAUUUAGAUUGAAUCAAUUGAGGAAUUUAUAUUUUGCUAUAAAAGAUAAUGAAGAUGCUAUAUGUGAUGCUUUAGAAUUAGAUUUUGGUAGAAAUUCAAGUGAAACUCGUAAUUUAGAAUUACUUGGUGGUUUAAAUGAAUUAGUUCAUACAAUGGCAAGUUUAAAUGAAUGGGUUAAACCAGAACCAAUUAGUGAUUUACCAUUAAAUUUAAAAACUAAUCCUGUUUAUGUUGAAAGAAUUCCAUUGGGUGUUGUUUUAAUUAUUUCACCUUUUAAUUAUCCAUUCUUUUUAUCAUUUUCAGCUGUUGUCGGUGCUAUUGCUGGUGGUAAUGCUGUUGUUUUAAAACAGUCUGAAUCGACACCUCGUUUUUCACGAUUAUUUUCUGAAAUUUUAACUGAAGCUUUAGAUAAGGAUAUUUUUGUAGCUAUUAAUGGUGCUAUUCCUGAAACUACUGAAUUAUUGGAUCAAAAAUUUGAUAAAAUUAUGUACACUGGUAAUAAUUUUGUUGGUACAAUUAUUGCUAAAAAAGCAGCUGAAACAUUAACUCCAACAAUUUUAGAAUUAGGUGGUAAAUCGCCUGCAUUCAUUCUUGAUGAUGUAUUAGAUAAAGAUUUAGAAACUAUAGCAAGAAGAAUUGCAUGGGGUAGAUUUACAAAUGCUGGUCAAACUUGUGUUGCUGUUGAUUAUGUUUUAGUUCCUGAAUCAAAACAUGAUAAAUUUAUAAUUGCAUUGACUAAAGUAUUACAAGAUGAAUUUUAUCCUGGUUUAACUAAAGAUUCAAAAGAUUUUACAAAGAUAAUUCAUGAAAGAGCUUUCAAAAAUUUGGAAAAAAUUAUAAACACAACUAAGGGUAAAAUCAUAUAUGGAGGUGAAGGUUUAGAUUUUAAUUCAAGAUUUAUACCACCUACAGUUAUUGAUCAAGUAUCAUGGGAUGAUUCAUCAAUGAAGGGUGAAAUUUUUGGUCCAAUUUUACCAAUUUUAACUUAUGAUAACUUAUCUAAAUCUGUUGAAGAAGUUGUUUCAUUACAUGAUACUCCAUUAGCUGAAUAUAUUUUUACUUCUGGUUCAACAAAUAGAAAAUAUAAUAAACAAUUGGAUAUUAUAUUAAAAGGUGUUAGGUCAGGUGCAGUUAUUAUUAAUGAUGUUUUAUUACAUGUUGCUUUAAUUAAUGCUCCAUUUGGUGGUGUUGGUCAAAGUGGUUAUGGUGCAUAUCAUGGUAAAUAUUCAUUUAGACAUUUUACUCAUGAAAGAACAACUAUUGAACAAAAAUUAUAUAAUGAAUUUAUGUUAAAAUCAAGAUAUCCACCAUAUUCAGGUAAGAAAGAUGAUUUAAUUAAAACUUCACAACAAAAUUAUAACGGUCAAGUUUGGUUUAAUAGAGAUGAUGAUGUUCCAAUUGGUGGUCCAAGUUAUUUAUUUAGUGGGUGGACUACAUUUACUGGUAUUUUGAAUUUGAUUUGGAAAUUUGCCAACAAGUGA